GUAAACAUCAGAUCAGAACUCAGAAGCCGUCCAAAAGAAAGAAAGAACUGGCUGGAAGCGCUUGCUCCGUUGCUCGCUUCUUCGACGCCUCGCUGCUGCUCCUGCUGAUCUCCAUCUGAUACCGAGAUUUCCCGGUGACCAUGGCGGACGCCUCCGCCGGCGGCUCCCUGGACGACUACCCCACCAUCGAUCCCACCUCCUUCGACGUGGUCGUCUGUGGCACCGGCCUCCCGGAGUCCAUCCUCGCCGCCGCCUGCGCGGCGGCCGGGAAGACGGUCCUCCACGUCGAUCCCAACCCCUUCUACGGCUCCCUCUUCUCCUCCAUCCCGCUCCCUUCCCUUCAUUCCUUUCUCUCCUCCGACUCCUCCACCCCCUGCCCGUCCUCCUCAACCGCAACCUCCUCCUCCUCCGCCGCCGCCGCUUCUCACACCGCCGUCGAUCUCGAGCGCCGCAGUUUGUACUCGGAGGUUGAAACCUCGGGGACGGUUCCCGAGUCGUCCAGGCGCUUCACGGUCGAUCUGGUGGGUCCCAGGGUGCUCUACUGCGCCGACGAGGCUGUGGACCUUCUUCUGAGGUCAGGGGGAAGUCACCAUGUGGAGUUCAAGAGCGUGGAGGGGGGCACCCUCCUCUACUGGGAUGGUGCUCUCUACCCGGUACCGGACUCAAGGAAGGCCAUCUUCAAGGACGCCACGCUUCAGCUUACGGAGAAGAACCUCCUGUUCAGGUUCUUCAAGCUUGUACAGUCGCACAUUGCCGCUUCUUCUUCUGGCGAUAAUGAGCGGGAGGGCGAAGCUUCUGGUAUGAUAUCCGAGGAGGAACUAGUCCUCCCCUUCACCGAAUUCCUUGAGAAACAGCGGCUUCCACCCAAGAUAAGGGCGGUUGUAUUGUAUGCAAUUGCCAUGGCAGAUCAUGAUCAAGAUGUCGCGGAACCUUGUGAAAAAUUGCUAACAACAAGAGAUGGGAUCAAGACCAUAGCUCUCUACUCCUCGUCCAUUGGAAGGUUUGCUAAUGCAGAAGGUGCUUUCAUUUACCCAAUGUAUGGGCAUGGCGAGCUGCCUCAAGCUUUCUGCCGCUUUGCUGCUGUUAAGGGUGCCCUAUAUGUAUUGCGGAUGCCAGUCACAGCUCUUCUUAUGGAUGAGGAAAAGAAGCGUUAUAUAGGCACCAGGUUAGCAUCUGGCCAGGAUAUUUUGUGCCAGCAGUUGAUACUUGAUCCAUCAUACAAAAUUCCUUCCUUGGACUUGCCAUCUGAUGCUUCAGACUCAAAGGCACAAAGAGAAGUUGCUAGGGGAAUAUGCAUGAUCAGCAGAUCUGUGAAGCAGGAUUCAUCAAAUGUUCUUGUUGUUUUCCCACCAAAAUCAAUACAAGAGCAGCAGGUUGCAGCUGUCCGGGUGCUCCAGUUGAGCAGCAACGUAGCAGUAUGUCCUCCGGGAAUGUAUAUAGCAUAUCUAUCUACUCCAUGUUCUGAUGCCAUUACAGGAAAGCAAUGCAUAAACAAAGCAAUAGAGGUUCUUUUCCAUACUCAGGCUUUAGAGGGUUCAGAAGGCCCUUUAGAAACAAAAAGUGAAAACAAUGAUGAUACAAAGCCAGCGCUAAUUUGGAAGUGUGUGUAUGUUCAGGAGAUCACACAGGGAACGUCUGGUACUGUGCUGUCAUGCCCCAUGCCUGAUGAAGAUCUGGACUUCAGAAAUAUACUGGAAUCAACAAAGAAGUUAUUUGCAGACACUUACCCUAAUGAGGAAUUCCUGCCUAGAAACUCAGCUCCUAAAUAUAAUGAUGACGAUUCUGAUUCUGCAGAGUAAACCAUUAUUGCGGAGAGGGCAUAGUAUUUCUCUAGACAAAGUUCUCAUAGAAGAUACAUGAAGGCACCACCAUCUUCCAUUUCAUGGUAUUCUGGGAAGUUUUUUAUAGAUCCAAGGGGGAGCCCUUUGGCUUGUUGAAUAUGUUAGUGCCAGAGUUCCCUCAUCUUGUAUUACGGGGAAACAUUCUGAAUCAAGCAAUACUGUUACCUGGGGCUCUUUCAUAUGCAGUAGUUGGAUGCAUCAUACCACAGGAUAUAAGCUAUUGAUUUAAUGAGUUCUUGCAUCUGGCAGUUGGUACACACGAUGCUAGACUCUAAACUUUGCUACACUCUUCAUUUGAUGUCCUUGUUAAAUCUUUGUGAGGAUAAACCUGCUAAGCUGAUACAAAACGCCGAGUCUGUUAUAUCUUCUUGAUGAA